UUUCACAUUCAAUUUUACGCAAACUGCAUGUUUUAAACUCCGAACCUUCCUUCUUUCUUCUCUGCUCUUGAUUUUAGUUUCGUUUCGGUUACUACUAAUCUAGUAGAAUGAGUGUCAAAUGACGAUAAUACCCUUCUUCUUCUUAUUGAACGUUGUGUUUUUGUGUGUUACUCUGAAAAUAACUGGUCUCUUAAUCGGAUUUUAGGGUUAAGUGAGAAAAGAAUGAAGGAGAAAAUGGCUGGAAUGAACAAGAAUCAACAAUCAAAUUGGUGGUGGCUUGAUACGAACACUAAUACUAAACGUUCCCCUUGGCUUCAGUCCACUCUAUCUGAGCUAAAUGAGAAGACAAGUGCAAUGUUAAAGUUAAUUGAAGAAGAUGCAGAUUCCUUUGCGAAACGUGCAGAGAUGUAUUACAAGAAACGACCCGAGCUUGUAAGCAUGGUUGAAGAUUUCUAUCGGACACACCGCUCGUUAGCUGAACGGUAUGAUCAAGUCAAACCCGAUACAGGAAUCAGCCACCUCAUGUCAGGAGGAUCUCCUUUUGCUUCGGCCAAGUAUCAGAUAGAGAAAUUGAUGAGUUUUGCAGAUACCGGUUAUGAUACCUAUUCGGAGAAUUUCGAUGCAGACGAGUCUGUGGAGUCUGAAGUUGAUGAUCCAGAUCAAGAAGAAAAAGAGGAGACCAAGUUUAGUUACACAAAAGAAGAGCAAGUUUUGUCUGUGGCUGUCGCUGUUGCUGUCAACGACGAAGUAAUGAAUCUAAAAAACGAGAUUAAGAGAAUAAAGGAAGAGAAUGACAUUCAUAAGGAGCAGUUGAAACAGAAAGAUACUGUUUGUGAUGAAGUAAAGAAGUUGAGGGAAGAAAUAGAAAAACUGAGGGAAGAGAAUGAGACUCAAAAGGAACAACUGAAGCAGAAGGAUGAAGAGAAGAUAGAGGUGAUUAAACAACUGAGUUUAGCAGUAGAUUUGUUGAAGCAAGAUAAUGUGAGCAUGAGAAGCUUCAUUGCUAAAGAGUCCACUAAGAAAUGGAAAUUUCCAUUUGAGUUCAAUAAACUUGGUGGACCAUUUUCUGUGAAAUUGUUCAAUGGGACUCCAAGGAAUCAGCCUAGUGUUGAGCUCUCUACAAGACGCGGUUAACGUAGUCGUCACCAAGUAGCUUAGUUAUGCAUAACAUUCUUAUUCUUAUAGAUACUAUACAAUAAGUUUCUAGUCUUUUGAUUCCUAGGUUGUGUGCUUAUAGGUUAUAAUGUUAGUUGUAUUUUUUUUUUUACAUGUGAUCUUUACUUUGUUAGUUAUAUGUUGUAUCCCAAUUGUUUCAAUUUUUUAA